CGUGGCCUCGCGCAGCCCCGCCCUCCUCGCGGAGACCCGGCAGGCGGGCGGCUAGCGGCGGCGGCGGCGCAGACAUGGCUGCGCUGGUGGAGCCGCUGGGGCUGGAGCGGGACGUGUCCCGGGCGGUGGAGCUCCUCGAGCGGCUCCAGCGCAGCGGGGAGCUGCCCCCGCAGAAGCUGCAGGCCCUCCAGCGAGUCCUGCAGAGCCGCUUCUGCUCGGCCAUCCGGGAGGUGUAUGAGCAGCUCUACGACACGCUGGACAUCACCGGCAGUGCUGAGGUCCGGGCCCACGCCACAGCCAAGGCCACAGUGGCAGCCUUCACAGCCAGUGAGGGCCAUGCACAUCCCAGGGUAGUGGAGCUGCCCAAGACCGAUGAGGGCCUGGGCUUUAACAUCAUGGGGGGCAAGGAGCAGAACUCCCCCAUCUACAUCUCCCGCGUCAUCCCUGGAGGCGUGGCUGACCGCCAUGGAGGCCUGAAACGUGGGGACCAGCUGCUGUCAGUGAAUGGUGUGGUGAGUGGGGCCUGGGGCUGGGCUCACAGUGUAUUCAAGGUAGCACAGUCCCUGCUUUUGACAUUCAUUCAACAUUCAACCAUUGAGUACUGCCUCUUUGUCUGGCCUUGUGCUGGGCACUGCUACAGACCUGGAGAGAAGUUGGCCUCAGCUGCUGUAUUCAAAGACUCCCUUUUUGGUGAAGGAGAUUGACUGGAAUAGUCCUAAUCUGGGGAGAUAAUAAUGAGGCACAAAGCACUGUGGGAGACACAUUUGGGCCCAGACCAGUAUAGAUCAGGGGAGUUUUUGCAGAGAAAGGAACAUUUGAGUUGGGUUUUGAAGGAUGAGGAGGAGUUCUCCAGGCAAAUAAGAUAGAGUAUUACCAGCUAAGGAUGUUGCAGGUAGGGACUGUGACUCUAUAUUCCUCCCAGCUGAACAGAAAGGGCUUAGUCUGGGGGAAGGACUGGAGCACAUAGUUAAUUAAAAUCACUGUAGUUUAGAAAUAGAUGAAAGCACAACUGGAUCAGUAGUUGGGGCCUCAGUCACAGCCUGAGAAGCUUGGACUUUGUCUCAAGGGUUGGGGAUUGGGGAGUGAUGUGGAGGCCAUGAAUAGGAGAAGGAUAGGCUCCGCUUGGAAGUAUAGAAGGAUCGCUUUGGGACUCUCUAGGGGAUGGACUGAAGGCAGAGACUGGAAGCCAGAAGUUCUAGGGCGGAGGCGAAGUGAAAGUCCACCGGAGAAAGGAUGAGGUCUAAGCUGGGAUCAGGAUGGUGAGGACAGGGUAGGGAGUCAGUAAGAGGAAAGGGGCUGAGGAUUAGCAGGCUUUGGGGACAGAGCGGGUAAACAUGGACCUGGAGGUCUGUCUUAGAGAGGGCAGUUAGGGCUUGUCCCUACCAUGAAGAAUGUGGAAGGUUUUGAGGGAGGACACUGAGCCAAGAAUUAACGACUCUCCCAUGAGGACACGAGGCCUUGACAACUCAGGCUGGUACCAGACUCACCAACAGUAGGUCCCAUUUCCAGGGUUGGGCUGGGUGUGGGUGUAGGCCCCAGGCCCAGGUGUCUGUGCACUGCCCCACAGAGUGUGGAGGGUGAGCAGCACGAGAAGGCAGUGGAGCUGCUGAAGGCAGCCCAAGGCUCGGUGAAGCUGGUGGUGCGUUACACACCCCGCGUGCUAGAGGAGAUGGAGGCCCGCUUUGAGAAGAUGCGCUCUGCCCGCCGGC